AUGAGCGGCCCGUGCAUCUCCAUUAGCCCGACGGCCCUCAUGCUCCUAUGGAAGUGGUUUACACUGAGCCUGCUCCACAGCCGGGUGUCGGUGGGGGCCGGGGCCGCGGAGACAGCCGCCGCGGGGGCCGGCUUCAGCGGCGCGGCGGGGCCCCUGGGCUGGCUCCUCUCCGACAAGGGACCCUUCCACCACUCCCAGGAGUUUGUUGAUUUCACCGAGCGCCACCAGCAAGGAUUCACCACCAAGUACAAAAUAUACAGAGAGUUUGGCCGCUGGAAGGUGAACAGCCUGGCCUUGGAGAGACAGGAGAACAAUGGCUUUGCCCUGCCGCUGGACCCGGAGUUCCUGCAGACCAUCAGGCAGCUGGGCAGGAGGCCCAGUCUCAGCGCUAUCACCGACAGCAUUAUCAGGAAAUACGGAACCCACUUUCUGCUCUCCGCCACUUUGGGAGGGGAAGAGUCAUUAAUGAUCUUUGUGGACAAGCGGAAGUUGAGUAGGACGGCUGAAGUGAGUGACUCUAAUGGAACAGCUGUGACUCUGGAGGCUCUGCACCAGCUGGCUGCCUCCUAUUUCAUCGAUAGAGAGAGCACCCUGCGCAAGCUGCACCACAUCCAGAUUGCCUCCACCACCGUCAAGGUGACCGAAACGAGGACGGGCCCUCUCGGAUGCAGUAACUAUGACAACCUCGACUCUGUCAGCUCUGUUCUUGUUCAGAGCCCUGAAAACAAGAUUCAUUUGCAAGGCCUCCAGGCCAUACUGCCAGAGUACCUGAGGGCCAGAUUUGUGCAGGCAGCUCUCAGCUAUGUUGGAUGCAAUGAGCAGGGCCAAUUUGUCUGCCGAGACAAUGACUGCUGGUGCCAGUGCAGCGAGGAAUACCCCCUGUGUAAUUGCCCUGAGGUAGACUUGAGAGCUAUGGAGGCCAGCUUGCUUCACAUCCAAGAUUCCUGGAACAUGGCCAACCGGGACUUUGAAGAGUCAGAUGAGUUCCAGAACUUUGUUAGGAGGCUUCCUACGUUUUACGCCCUGAACACAUCUGCCAUCCAGUACUUUUGGAAGAUGGAGCCUGCCGUUCACCAGCGCUACAGGCAGCUGGAGCUCAGCACCCAGCAGCUCCUGAGUAAAGCCCGGCGCAUUGUCAACAAACUCUUCACGCUCAGCAAGCGGUGCCGAACGCAGCCCAAAAUCCUCCUGCUGAGAGAGAGGCCCUUCAGCUAUUGGCUGAACUACAUCCUCUCUAUCAUAUACUGCAGUGAGAACAACUAUAUCGGCUCCUACCUGGAGGGCACCAGGAGCUGCUCCUGCCCCUACGAACACCCCACCUGCCAGGGUGUGAUCCCUUGUGCGGUGGGCGAGGGGAACUCCUGCGCCUCGUGCUCCUAUGAGAACCGUUCGCGUUGUGCCACCUGUAACCAGGGCUACAUGCUGAGCCAGGGCCUGUGCCGCAAUGAGGUGCCAGACUCCACGGACCACUACAUCGGCUUCGAGACAGACCUGCAGGACCUGGAGUUACGUUACCUGCUCCAGAAACGCGACAGCCGCAUCAGCAUCCAUGGGAUCUUUGUCAGCAACGACGUCCGGCUGAAUAAUUGGUUCGACCCAUCUUGGAGGAAAAGGAUGUUGCUAACACUGAAGAGUAACAAGUACAAGUCCAAUCAUGUCCACAUGCUCCUGGGGAUGUCGUUACAGAUCUGCCUUACCAAGAACAGCACCCUGGAACCCAUGCUGUCUGUCUAUAUCAACCCGUUCGGGGGCAGUCACUCGGAGAGUUGGAUCAUGCCCAUUGACCAGAACAACUACCCAGACUGGGAGAGGACUAAAUUAGACAUCCCUCUGGACUGUUACAACUGGACAUUGACUUUGGGGAACAAGUGGAAAACCUUUUUCGAGACAGUACACUUUUACCUGCGGAGCAGGAUCAAGGCGCCUUCAGCAACCACAAACGGGACCGUUUACUAUGAACCCUUGGAGUUCUUGGAGCCAGGACGUAACCUGGGCUAUAUGAAGAUCAACAGCAUCCAGGUGUAUGGAUAUAGCAUGCACUUUGACCCGGAAGCAAUCCAGGACCUGAUUUUACAGCUGGACUAUCCGUACACUCAGGGAUCGCAGGACUCGGCCCUGUUGCAGCUGCUGGAGAUCCGGGACCGGGUCAAUAGGCUCUCCCCGCCCGGACCGCAGCCCCUGGACCUCUUUUCCUGCUUACUGCGGCACCGUCUCAAACUGUCCACCACAGAUGUUGUCCGGAUCCAGGCAGCGCUGCAGACUUUCAGUGCCAAACAGCCUAAUUCAAUGGAAUAUGAAACAACCAAGUUGUGUAGUUAA